AUGUCAAUUCCAUCAACCUCGAUGUUUUUCCAAAGCCAACCACCAUCUUGGAAUGAUGUUCAAGAAACAGAAGUUAGUCCAAGAACCUCUCAAGAACACAUCAAUGAUGCGUUCUCCGGAAUGACUAUGUUCGAUCCAACCGAACAACCCCAAGCACUUCAGCAACAAAUGCAUUUCCAAUCAAUGCAGCCAGUGUUGUAUACCGCUGAACAAUUGCAAUACAUCGCAGUUUGUCAAUAUCGUCAGAAGUUGUAUCUCGAAUUUGUUCGACAACAACAAUGGCAGUUGAUGUUGCAAAAUCAACAAUUCGCUGAAACCUUAUCAAUGGGUUCUCCAACUUCUUCACUAACUUCUUCGAACUCAUCCUCUUAUGAGAAUUUAUCAAAUGCUUCUUCAACAUCACCAGUUGAGCACAAUGGAACAAUUUAUUAUUCAAAUCCAAGUGAGUUUUAUUUUUUUUUUUAAUUUUACAGUAAUUUCAAAUUAAAAAUGAUUUUUCUAAAUCAUUUUUCUUUCAGAUGAUGUAACAGAGAUGACAUAUCGUGAUGUGUAUACUUACUUAUGGCGAAAGUAUAAAACAUCCAGCGAAAAAUUGAUCAAAUGGGGAUAUCCCUAUUUCGAAGAUGGCAAAACAUCAGUAACAAUUCAAUCGACUGAAUUCGAUGCUGACAAAAACAUUUGGGUAGCAGUUUCUGAAAAAUUACGGAACUGCUGUAGAUGUAAAAUCGUCUUCAAGUAUCUGAAAAAUGGAAGAAAAUCUCAAGGAGUUUGCAUUUAUCAUCCAAGAUCAGCCAAACUUGAUAGAGGUGAGUAUAUUAUUUAAAAAAUUCCAAACUUAUUUGAAAAUAAUGUUAUUUUUCUUUCUAGAAAUUGGCGCUCGAAUUCAUGAAUGCUGCAAUGAAUUUGAAGGAAAAUCAAAAGGUUGCACAAAGAGCCCAGUUCACGUUUACGAUCAAAUGCAAAAUACUGAACUCGAGACAUUCGUACAAACUCCAAUAUCCGACGGAUUGGAAGAUGUGAGAAAUUACAAUAUUUUUGGAAUGGAUUGCGAAAUGGUCUACACAAAACUUGGACCAGCAAUUGCUCGAGUCUCAAUUUGCAAUUUAUCUGGAGAUGUUGUCAUGGACACAUUGGUCAAACCACCAGGUGAAAUCUUGGAUGCUAAUACAUUAUACAGUGGUCUCACAAAAGAGCAAAUUGAGAAAGAAGCAAAAAUCUCACUUGAAGAGGUAAGUUAAUUUAAAUUUAAAAUAAAUAUUUGUUUCUUUUACUUAAAUUCUUAUUUUUCAGUGCCACCAAGAAAUGUUCAAAUACAUCAACGAGAAAACAAUUCUGAUCGGUCAUUCUUUGGAAUCCGAUUUGAAAGCCCUUCGCCUUUCUCAUUUGACAAUUAUCGACACAGCAAUCGCCUGCCAAAGUGGUAAAUUCAAACCAUCACUCCGGACUUUGGCUCAAAAAUAUCUUCAAAAAUCUAUUCAAGUGGAUAAUCCACUGAAUAUUGGACAUGACUCAAUCGAAGAUGCUAGAACUUGUGUUCAAAUCAUCAACAAAAUGAGCGGACUUACUAACUAA